AUAAACGCGCACGAUUCAUCUGAGUUAUUAUUGCAGCGUCGCUCGGCGCACUAUAUGGCCAUUAGGAGAGUUACUGCCGGCUAGUCGUCUUAGCCGCUUCGCUGCCAGAGCCGGCCUUGGCGCAGAGAAGCAAAAUUGCCAUCCGUACCAACAGCAUUGUCAUUUAUGGAAUUCUUCGCAAGGAAAUUACGGAUACCCUCCUUACUCCACGAUAUGCAAAGGUGAUCUCGACUUAUCACCGCGAUACCACAGGUAGCUCUUCUGCGCAUGCGUCACGGUCGUCUGCUUGAUAUAAACAAAGGUCAGAUUUGGUCAUAGCACCAGAACUGAUUCUUUGGAUCUAUAGUUCAGUCGUGACGUGAGUUCGAACAAAAUAGAUCAAAUGAACUGCGAUUGAGGAAUAUAGGAGUGGUAACCCCCAAGAACGGGAAAGGACCCAAUAGCUAGGAAAACAACUUGACGUCUGCGGAACACGACGGCCGAUCUUCUGAUGCCCAUCACACGAUCAGAGAUUCUCAGAAAGCAAUCCAUUGAAUCGCAGGCGAUGUAUUUGAAUAAGAAAUAGAUGAUCGGAAAUUAAUUCCCGGGACUUUAACUUCUUCAAUAUUGAUCGAAUAGAAAAAACUUCUUCUCUUGAAUGAUGUGACGUCAUUUGCCGAUUCAAAAUGGCCGUGAUUAUAGUCUGCCGAAUGUUUGUUGAUUCAAUCUUGUUUUGAUUGCUGAGAGAUUGAUUGUCACUGGUGAAUAUUCUGAAGUGACCUUGAUAACGAUUUCUAAGGAAGGAGAAAAUUGACUUAUAAACGAGGAAAUGGUAUAGUUCGGGUGAAGGAAAUAAUAUGAGUAUUGCCUACCUGGUCUAAUCGAAUAGAACAUUCUGCUUGGUUAUGGUAUUGAAAGAGCACAUCUGCGUCAUUUCGUAAUGGAUAUGCAAGGAAAACAUGUUUUCAUGACGGAGCUAUACACGUUAUCAUAGUGCGCUUGGGGAAAUAAUGCAGGACAGAUGCAACACCCACACUCUGACUCCGACCAUGACGCCUGCGCAAACGGGUCAUGUGACUUGGAAUUGGAGGAUGACACAGUUAGUUACGUGCACCCGACACCUUCGGACAGUAGCGCCACCAUCGCCGGAAAGGCUGCGUCUCUCAUUGUCAUCUGUCUUGUCGCGAUAACGACAAAUUUCCUAGUUAUUUAUACCAUUGUAAAAAAUAAACGAUUCCAUCGGCCACCAUUUUAUUACAUGAUCAGCCUAUCCGCGGCGGACAUGGGAAAAGCAAUUCUGUGUUAUCCGCUAGUCGUCGCCACUGUCGUUCAAGAUUCAACAUGGCGCUACAGCCAGGCUUUUUGUACGAUAUUCGCCUUGGCAAAUACCUUCCUGACAUUCGGCGCGUUGUUUGCAUUGUUUGUUCUCGCUGUUGAUCGCCAUAUGAACGUAGUCCAUAGCCAUUUUCAUACGAGGAAGUUCCGUGGGAUAAAAUGUCUGUAUGUUUCCGGGGUAGGUUGGGGCUUCGCGAUGCUGAUGGCAGUACCCCCAGUCUUCGGUUUCGGAACUUACAAAUUCAUUCCAUUGCAAGCUCAAUGUACAUUAGAGUACAAAUAUUUUAGAGACAAUGACACAUUGGGCUUCAUGUUAAUCUUCCUUCUUUCAUUAGGGUGUAUCUUAACCAUUUAUUCAAGAAUAUUCGUAUUCAUGCGCAAACAUAGGAAAAUGCGACCAAUCGGGGUGACACCAGCUCGGAGUCACAACUGGACCUUCUUCGGCCCCGGCGCUACUGGCCAAGCAAUCACUAACUGGCUUCAGGGAUUCGGAGCAGGGCCUCCACACCCUGCAGUCGUAGGCCUCCGAAACCAACCACAGGUCGCUACAUACAGAUUGCAUCAAAUGCAGACUUAUAAAAAUGAGCGUCUGACGCAGUUAUACGUCACAAUCACGUGUUGCUUCGUCGCAUUCUGGGCGCCAUACGUCAUCAUGGUCGCCUGGAAUAUGUUUGACAUUAGGCAAGCUGCCCCUCAUGUAUUCAUUGUCAUUUCAACGUGGAUAUCCUAUGCACAGGUUGCGUGUUUUCCGUUUGUUUACUAUUUUCAAAACAAAGCUUUUAGGACGGCGAUGAGGAACCGGGGUGAGGAUUAUGUGAAAAGUGAAACCCUCCUGGAGUAGGCAACGCGAGAUCUGGAGAUAACGGACGCGACCAUUCACGUUCAACCAUCAGUCCUUGCGGUGGCAAAAAUACUCGUAUGACGUCAGAACCCAAUCAUUCAGUGCAAGGCCAACCCCUUGUUGUCUCUUUACAUGCGAUGUCCGUAGGCCUAUAUGGCCUGCGCGUAACCCAACUGUACGUCAUCCCUGUGUCCUCUUGACUCCAAUCCUUUCCACAGACACGAUACAUGUAGUUUUUCCGAUGAUGAUUUGGGAAAGGAAAGAGUCCGAGUCGAGUAAGCGAAUCAAGUAGUUAAUUUAUUGUUAGAAAUGUCGCUUACUGCGAUUGCGGAACUACUGUACACAGUAUACAACAACAAAAUAGGGAAGGGUAGUACAUUAGCGCUGUUAAAGGCAAUCCCGUUAUCGUUCGUAUAAAUGAGCUUUCGCUAUCCCGUUCCGAGAACCGAUCCAACGAGAAUGACCUGCUCUCGUGUAUGACGUCAUCAUUUUGGGCAUGUGUUCUCGAGCUAGAAACCACAUUCCGUAAAUCAAGCCUUGACUUCCAGAAUGGCAAAUUGCAGUAAAUGCACUCGUUUACACGAUGAACUGAGUAGCAACAAUACAAAAUUGAUUGAGUGGGUAUGAUGACGACUCCAAAAUUUCAAAAUCCGGACGUCUCUAUUGUAU